UCGACUAUCAUCUUACUGAACUGCUCUCUAAAUAUUCCACUAAUGCUGAUAUCGAUUCUGGCAAACUCCUUGGUCUUAGCAGCCGUUUACAAAGCUCCUUCGCUUCGUUCACCCUCCAUAGUUUUGCUGUGUGGUCUCGCUGUUUCAGACCUAGCCGUGGGCUUGAUAGUGCAGCCGGUUUUUAUCGCGAAAGAACUCGAUUCAGUGAAAUUUUUAGCCGGAGUGACGAGAAUUUUGGGUGUUACGUUCUGUGGAAUUUCACUCGCUACCAUGUCAGCGAUAAGCUUGGAUAGAUUUUUGGCUCUGAAAUAUCACAUGAUUUACAAUUCUCUGGUUACCACAGUGCGCGUUAAACUCACUUUGAUAUUUAUUUGGCUUGUAAACUUCUCAAUAUUCUCCGGAGUUCACGUCUGGUAUGCACCUGAACAAUUUUAUAUAUCGUUUGGAUUGGUGGGUUUCUAUAUGGUUGUUUCCACCAUCGCCUAUGUUGGGAUUUAUCGAAUCGCUCGCCGACACCAAUUCGAGAUCCACGCUCAGCAGCAAGCAAUGGGAGUUCCAAGUAUUAAAAUCAGCGCAAACGUGACUAUUUUGACUCGCACGGCAGUAAACACUUUCGUAUUUUACAUAUGUACAGUUUUUUGCUAUCUGCCAUGGAGCAUUUAUCGGCUUUUUUAUACAAAUAUCGUUCUCAAAGAUGCCAGCGAUGCUUGGAUCUUUACGGGAACUUUGGUGUUCGCCAACUCGGCCAUCAAUCCUGUACUGUAUUGCUGGCGUCUUCGUGAACUUCGGGGGGCGGUUUUGAAGUUAUUAAGGCAAAUAUCUUGCCAUAAAUCGUGAAAAAGCAGGAAGGAAAUGAACCUUUGCUAUCUCUCGAAGACCGCUUUCAGUUCGAAAAUGCGCAGUUCUUAAAGUUAGUAAUUUCCUCAAAUUGAUUCGUAUGUUUUUGCGCGUUUGAUUUACAUCAGGCCACAAAAUCUCAUCUGAAAUUAAUUGAUUGACUAGAAAAUAGUACACACUGCUGAAUAAAUUCAUAGGGACCGAAAAGCAUGUAAAAAGGAUAAAUUUCAUCCAUUUGAGGAGAAACAAAAAUAUUACGUUUUUACUUUUUAAACCCUGUGAUAACAAAAGAGAAAACCAUGCAAUUUUCUCUCACCUGCCGAAUGUCUCUGCAUGCAGAGGGUAAAUUUUAGUCCAUAAUGGUCCAAGUAAAUAUGUUUUAAAGUUUUCCUAUUUUUCCAUUACACACACACGCUCAAAGAAAAAAAAAAGAAAAAUAUUUUAAAAAUCUUCAACUGGAGAACAGAAUUGUAUGAACAUUAGUUGUCCGUCUCUUUGUCUUUAAAUUACAGCUUCAACCGUGUCAUAGUUGAGAAUAAAAUAAAAAUCUAUCGUACCGCGAUAUUUAUUAAAGUGCCAGACGAAACUGAAUCCCUAAUUGUGCCAACUGCUCAUUAAAAUGCCUUACAAGGCCAAAAUACAUAAAUAUGUCCAUUAUGAAUGGUUAUUAUCACCGCUCCUGAUGUUUUUACGGUUCUUGUUUGGAUAACUAUUGUUUUAGGCGAAUUUAUUAGGUCUAUUUAUCGUAAGUUUGACUUUUCUUCUUGCCGUGCACCUUAAAUUCAUCAACGCUGUAACAAUGUUAUCAAACUUAUGUUUUUUAGAACCUUCGCCGAGAGCAAUUUUCCGGCACCAACGGACUAUUUUCUUAAAAAUAUAUAUAGACAGUUGUCUUUAGUCAAAGAGCUUACUUCAUGUUUCUCCGAGUUAGGUAUUAUGAUAUUUUCUACCAUAACACUCGAAAAUAGAUUUCGCAUUCAAACACAUCCAUACUGAUUAAUAUUUUCUUAGGAAACUUCUCAGUCAGGGUUCCGUCGCAUGUAAUUUUUUUAGCAUCUUCCUAGCAUCAUUAAAAGGUUAAAUGAAACAAAAUAACCUCAAAGAAAUUUAAGACAAAUUUUCAAAAUGCCAAACUGUCUAAAUUGUGCUCGCCUGUCACCUCAGUUCAGUUAAAAUAGAAAGUUAUUAUUUUGUCUGUUUGCACAGCUGCAAGUUGGUGUCCGCUAUCAUGAACAAUCAAGCAUCUUCAUAAUAGGUUUUUUUAAACAGGACUCCUACUCUCGCUAAAUUUUCGCACUUUUAUCCGGAAUGAAUGUUCUCUGUUGAUUAGGAACAGUUCAAUAAGAUAGACUUGUACGCUCUAAAAAUUAAGUGAUAAUUUAGUGUUUUAUCACCCUUCCGACAGAUUAAAAAGUGCGAAUAUUAUGUAAACGAGAACGAAUAAAUUGCGCAGUGUAAUACCAUCUGUUUCCCCUUGUGCAUUUCAUGGUUGAUAAUUUUUAUUAUGCGUGCGUUUUCGGCCUCUAAAGUACCUCAUUACAUUAAAUGAUGUAUAGUCGACAACAAUACAUCCUAAAACUUCGCUCAGCAAAAUUUGGAACAAUUAUCCCGAGGUAUAUUUUUGAAUGAUGAGGGCACUAACCCAUACAUAUCUGAAAUUUGCUGUUACCGUAAAUUAUAUGUCCAUCUCAAGUGUUUCUGUCAUCUCAUCCUGAAUGCUCUAAAAAUUAUGACGCCAACUUCAUGACUCAUCGCCAACUUGUCAGUCCCAAGUGCUACUUUAGUAGUGUCUUAUGAAAAGCUGUUAUGAAAAAGCUCUGAAAAUUUGUCGGCAUAUUAGAUAUUUAAAACAGCGAACUCUCCGCGUAUAAUAAAGCCGCCAGUUGUCUCUUAUAUGACAUCUAAAGAAGCGUUCUUAAUCAGUUCGCCUUUCUUCAGCUACAUUUCCCAAAGUGGAGGACAACAAUUGUUCCCCAUGUGAAAAUUUGGAUGCCGCAAAUUUCAGGCUUUAUGAAGGGUAUAUUUCAAAAAAACAAAUUUAAAUUGAACAUGAAAGUGGAAAGAGAAAACCUUGCUUACAAAAUUCGUUUUACUCAUGCAGAAAUUGACAUCUUGUCAUGUACCGUCAUAAGUUGACUGUUAAAACUGUGCACCUGCUAAACUGAUUAUAAACCCAACAAACUGGAUUGUCAAUACUGAACUCUCAGUAACUGCGACAAACAAGGCGGACACAAUUUCAGAAAAAGUCACUUCUCAUUGCAACAAGUUUGAAUUUUCAGCAAAGGUGUGUCGGAAAGCUAAAUUCCCUAAGAUGCUCAACGCUAGCUUUGAUCUAUUGAAUGAUUCAGUUUUUGAUCAAGAUUCUGAUGACGACAAAAUUCCAACUGGUCCAUCAACUUUCACCAUUGUUAACUGUAUUCUGAACGUUCCGCUGCUAGUGUUGUCCAUUCUUGGUAACACUAUGGUUUUAACAGCCGUUCUAAAGACACCUUCGCUCCGUUCACCUUCCAUAAUUUUGCUGUGUGGUCUCGCUGCUUCCGAUUUCGUCGUGGGUUUGAUAGUCCAACCGAUCUUCAUAGCCAGGGAUCUUACAUCUGUUUACAUUUUUGCCAGACUGACAAGAAGCUUUGGGACUAUAUUCUGCGGAAUUUCUUUCGCUACCAUGUCAGCAAUAAGUGUCGAUAGAUUUUUGGCUUUACAGUUUCACAUGACAUACGGCACUCUGGUUACUAAAUCGCGAGUUAAGUUAACUCUGAUAUUAAUUUAGCUAAUAAACUCCGGUCUUAACAUAUGGCAUACACCAACAAAUUUUCAUUUAGCCAUAGUAUUAGUUGGUGUUUAUAUCUCAGCGUCCACUGUUUCGUAUAUUGGUAUAUAUCGCAUAGUUCGCCGACAUAAUGCAGAAAUAUACGCUCAAAGGCAAGCAUUGGAAUAUCCCAGUGCCCAAAAUGUCUACAGCUUAGCCAUGUUAACACGAACUGCUACGAACACGUUCGUAUUCUAUAUUAGUACAAUUUUUUGUUAUCUUCCAUGGUUUAUUUAUAGGAUAUUUUAUAGAGAAAAGUUUCCCGUUGGUUUCCAGGAAGCUUGGGUUUUCACAGUAACAUUGGUGUUUGCAAACUCUGCCAUCAAUCCUUUUUUGUACUGCUGGCGAAUUCGCGAUCUUCGGAAGGCAGUCAUAAAGAUCUCAAGACGGAAAAUUUCAUGCAAAUGA